AUGUGACCCGACAACCGGGUUCCUGAGGAUAAUCAAUUUAAACCUCAACUCCAGGGUUUUAGAACAAGCUCGGUCUUGCGUUUUCAUCUUCAACCUCUUUGAUAUAAUCUACAGAGAUUAACAACAGAUCAAAAUUUUCCAUUUUGGUGUGUGACUAGCAUUGAAGCCAGAAACGUUAUAUAGGCAUGGCAAGUCUGAUUGCAGCCCCAACUUUCGGCCUGUUAUCUGUGAAGAAAAGCAGCGGAGGCUGUACAAAAUUGUAUGACAAAAAUAGGCAAUGUCAUGGUAUAAAGGCAAUGCGAGCAGAAAAAUCUCUAGAGGAAUUGUAUAAUGUGAGGGUGGAACGCCAAGUGUCAGCCAAUCGACUGAAGGAGCUUGGGGUUUCAAGAUGGUCAAUGUGGAAGACUGGCAAAUGCAAGUUGCCGUGGGAUUGGCAGGUAGAUCAGUUAGUUUACAUUGAGGAAGGGGAAGUGAGAGUUGUGCCUGAAGGGAGCCGGAGGUUCAUGCAAUUUCUGGCGGGAGACCUUGUUCGUUAUCCCAAGUGGUUUGAAGCUGAUCUUUGGUUUAAUGGUCCAUAUCAAGAGCGUUACAGUUUCCGAGCAUAUGGGGAUGACUAAUAUUGCUUCAGUCUUAUCUUCAUCUGAGUUUGCCUUCACAUCUUUCUCUUCUCAGUCUGUAGCAUUUAGAGUAAGAAAUAUGCAUCCCUCUGCAGACAAUAUUUGUAGUGUUAUUGGUGAAUGGAUCAAGGGAUUUCUAUGAAA